AUGUCAAAGCUCAGAGCUCUACUGUCAUUCUGGAUCGAAAAGCAUAAAUUAGCAUCAAUCCAAAAUGCCCAACGCAAGGAACAAGCCCAAGAAGAAGAAGAGGAGGAAGAAAGAGAAGAAGGACUCGGUCCGGUCCUGGACUGGUCAAGCUCCAUAGACCAACAGAAGAUCCUUCUCCGAGAAAUCGCCAAACAAGAAGCCAGUCUCCGGAAGAAAUUCAAAAAGCUCUCCAAGAGCCAAUCCUAUGCCAAGAUGAAUGAGCUUUUGGAAUGCAAGCGUGAACUUAAGGCACAGGAACAGGAACGUCGACGACUCCAGGGUAUUAUAGUGUCGUUGGAAACGCCCCGAGUGAUUGUGUAG